GGUUAGGUGUUAAAGGGUUAAACGCUGCCCUUUUGUUUUGUGGUGGCUCCAGUUGAGAUAAGGUUCAGUAAGGCAGUCUGAAGAAAUGCCGUCGAGAAGGAGUGACCUUUGGUUGCUAUGCUAAGAAUGCUGGGCUUUCCAAAAACCUCUGUACGGACAUUUACCGGAGCUGGAGCUGACGCCUGUUAAAUCACCGACUCCUUAAGCCCUUUAUUGCUCUAACUGCAAGUCUGUCAGCACUGGUGAACUGAAACCACUGCAGCUCAACACAGACUCACCUCUCUUCUGUGUUUACCUCUGCAGCCAUUUUACGGAAGUGAGCAGAGGUAGUAAUAAGACACCUGUGCUGCCAAGCUCUGCAGGUCUCCUCCCAGGAAGGGAGGAACCUGGAGGGAGGCGUCCUCAGACUGGGUCGACCAGUGAGACAUUUUUUGUCCCGACCUGGGGAGUUUGUGUUUUUUUCUCACAGUGGUUUCCCUGAGACAUGUAAAAACAGUCCUAUCCACACCAGAGGAGCAGUGCAGUCAUGGAGACCACGUAGAAGAAGGAUUUCAUGGAUUGCUGCUCUGCUUGUUCGGGACAUUUGGAAAUGCUUUUGUGAGACGCGAGUGAACUCUGUUCUCCUGCUCUCCCAGAGGGAGAUUACAGGAUGACAUGCUUCCAGUCACUGAGCAGCUUGACCUCACUCGCGGCGUCAUGGGAGUUGCGCUCACACUGGGGAGAGUGCACUGUACUACUGUCAACAUGCAGUGUGUCGUAGUCUUUAUGUGACACGAGAAUCAAGAAUUUACACUGCACCCACCUAAAGGAGGAAAGAGGAGCUUGGGAGCUUUGUCCAUACAAAGGUCUUUUGUUCUCGGUCGACCCUACAGGUGGAAUAGGAGCAGCUUGGACAACUGGAAGUGGGGAGAUGAACCUUUUGUGACGUUUUUAACGGACACUUGGCUGGAGCAACUAUCUGUUUUAGUUCUGCCUGACACUUGGAGCAAAAUGGAUAGUGAAAGUAAUAAUGUUGGGGAGCUGGGGAAGCAGCCUGCUAGUUCCUUACUCAACGUCUUUGGCAGUUUCUUCACCCGAGACAGACCUGCCACUUCAGCUGUGCUGACGUCUUUCAGAGAACUGUCAGAGAAACCUCCUCCUGAGGGCGACCCAGCCACUAAUGGUGACAACACGCUAAAGGAGAAGCAGGAUUUGCCUCAGGAGGAUGUAGCGAUUUCUUGUGACAAGGACAAGGACCCGGAUCUGGUCCAGGUCACCAGGGUGGAAACGUAUAGUGACACGGAAAAUGAAGACGGAGAGACUUGUCAUAGUGGCGCCACCCUGAGACAGAUGCUCGCCAAGUCCAGGAAGCCCACCCGACCCAAAGAAGACAAUGAAGGGAACCACGAUGAAGGAGAAGCGCUGCGAAAUAAAAAUAAACUGCCUGUGUUCAGAACACACAAAAUUCAGGAGCCAUCCCCCAUAGAGGCCAUUCUCUACUCGGACAGGAUUGUUAACAAAGCUAGCUCUAAAGGUCCAGGUACCAAACAAGGAGACGAGAGCACCACCACAACUUCUGAGGAGCCAGAAGACAGUAGAAAGAAUGAUGAUGACGAUGACUAUGCUGGCAUAGAUUGCUCUCAGCCCGUUCCCUCCAUCCUAUCUGGAAGUCUUUCUGUGGAGCAUGAAGGUCAGAGUGGUGCCACAGCUUCUCCAUCGAGACAGACGGAGGAUGUGCGUUGUACACUUCAGGAAAGGGGUGAGAAACCUCACUCCAGUCCUUCAAAGUCUCCUGAAGUGUCACAUCAAGCAUCCUUGAGUCCAGUGGAGAAAUCAGAUACUGCUGUGACUAAGAAACCCACGUCACCAUUAUCUGUAUAUAAAGACCCCCUGGGUGGCUAUCGGCACAGUCCUUCAAAGCAAAUAACGAAUCUUAAGACACCUGAAAAAAACACACCACAGUCCUCUACCUCCUCUUCUUCCUCAUCCCCCUCCAAGGACGCGACCCUCUCCUCACCCCCUUCCUUCCAGAUGCCUGCUCUUUUCAGUGGGUUAAGGGUGCUGAAGAAGGGAGCGGUGGGUGAGGAAAGGGAGACGAUGUCUGAGAUCAAGCAGAGCGAGAAGGACGCUGACCUGGCCUUGCUCAACUUGAAGAAGACGGUAAACAAAGCCAAGGUGUUUCCUGAUCAGAGGACGGUCUCUCCAACCAAAAAACAUGCUGAGCCUAAACCUGCUUCAAAUACAAGAAGCACUGUAAUGGGGCAACUCAGUCACCUGCUUAAAACAGAGAGCCACAGUGAGGCCAAAAAGUCAGAGGGUGUGCAGGACGCUUCUCCUAAACCAGGCAAGAAAGAUUCUGAGAAAGGUGAGGAGGAUACGGGAGAGAAAACUCCUGGCCCAGAGACUCCUACAUCCACACCUGACAAGAAGAAAACCUCAGACUUGGCUUAUGAAACCUUCAGGAACAUCUUUGGCCCUAAGACUGCCACAAAGGAGGAAGUAGAUCUAGAGGCGGUGAAAAAGAAAAUAAAGAACGACAAGGAAAAUCUGAGGUCAAUUUUCGAGCGAGCCUCCAAGUCUCCUGGCAACGAAGUCAAAAGUCCCACAGAGGAGAAUACCGAACUCACGUCUCCUACUGACAGUGAAGACCGCACUCCGGGGAGGCUGCAGGCCGUGUGGCCCCCGCCCAGAUCUAAAGAUGAGGAGGAGAAGGUGGGGCUCAAGUACACCGAGGCGGAACACCAGGCCGCCCUCUUUCAGCUGAAGAGAGAGUGCAAGGAAGAGCUGGAGAAGAUGCAUUCCGAAUUUGAGCUUAAGGUCUUUCAGCUGCGCGGCGAGCACGCCGUCUCAGUGACACGCAUGGAGGGAGUCAUCGCCAACAUGAAAAGAGACAAGUCGUACGGUCCAGGUCAGGAGCGGCACAUCGAGGUCCGUGACGUCGCUGUGUCCACCGACGAGGACCUGGCGCCUAAGACCUGGCGCACCGUGAGCAUCCAGACGGACAGGGAGACAUUUAUCAAAAGCCCCGAGGGCCACGUUCAAAGCCCCAACCAGAACAUGCCUAAGAAACUCAACUUGGAUUCUAUCGGCCUAAAUCCACCACCACCACCACCUCCUCCUCCACCACUCCCGCCAGGCCUUUCAGGACCACCACCACCGCCUCCUCUCCCUCCACCACCAUCCUCCUCCUCCCUGGAUGCGGCCCUCCUCCACCCACCUCCGCCUCCCCCUCCUGGCCUACCUGGUGCUGGUCCACCCCCUCCUCCCCCUCCUCCAGGCUGUGGCCCUCCACCUCCUCCCCCCAUGGGGGGGUUCGGCUUCGCGAAGGCGGUGGAGAAGGUCCCACGGAAGCCUGCCAUCGAGCCAGCCCUUCCCAUGAAACCUCUGUACUGGAGCAGGAUACAGAUCCAGGACAAGAACAAAAACACACUGUGGGGGUCUCUGGAGGAGCCGAACAUCGUCAACGCCAACGAGUUUGAGGAUCUGUUCGCAAAGGCCGCGCAGCAGUCGAAGAAGAAACCCUUGUCGGACACCUAUGAGAAGAAAACCAAAACUAAGAAGAUAAUCAAGCUGCUGGAUGGGAAGCGUUCGCAAAACGUCGGCAUCCUCAUAUCGAGCCUGCAUCUGGAGAUGAAGGACAUCCAGCAAGCUGUUCUUACUGUGGACAACUCUGUGGUGGAUUUGGAGACCAUUGCAGCUUUGUAUGAAAAUAGAGCCACCAGUGACGAGAUGGAGAGGAUAAUGAAACAUUAUGAGACGGCGAAAGAAGAUGAAGUCAAACUGUUGGACAAACCUGAACAGUUCCUCUAUGAGCUCUCCCAGGUUCCGGACUUUGCGGACCGUGCCCGCUGCAUCAUUUUCCAGUCGGUGUUCCUCGACACCAUCUCCUCCGUCCGUCGUAAGGUGGAUCUCAUCUCCAAUCUGUGCAAAGAGCUGCUGCAGUGCAACAGUCUGAAGGAUGUCAUUGGUCUCGUUCUGGCGUUUGGGAACUAUAUGAAUGGCGGGAACAGGACAAGAGGUCAGGCGGACGGCUUUGGACUGGAGAUCCUCCCCAAACUAAAGGACGUCAAGAGCAGGGACAAUCGCAUGAAUUUGAUAGAUUACGUGGUUUUAUACUACCUGCGCAACUUUGACGAGCACGCCGGUACAGACAAGAGUGUGUUCCCUCUACCGGAGCCUCAGGACUUCUUCCAGGCUGCUCAGGUGAAGUUUGAAGACCUCACCAAGGACAUCAGGAAGCUGAAGAAAGAGCUAACUGUUUGUGAGAAGGACGUGCAGAAGGUGUGCGCUAACUCGUCAGAAGAGCACCGUCAGCCCUUCCAGGAGAAGAUGGAGGGAUUUGUCUCCUCUGCUCAGAAGGAUCAAUCGGCCGAAGAGGACCGACUCAAUUCAGCACAGAAAAGCUUCCAGGACAUGGUGAGCUACUUUGGCGUGAAGCCGAAACCCGGGGACAAAGACGUGGCCCCCGCUUUCAUUUUCAUGCUCUGGUACGAGUUCUGCAACGACUUCAAGAACGCGUGGGUGCGGCAGAGCAAGAACGUCUCCAAGGAGAGAUUGAAGGAAGCUCAAGAAAACAUCAAGAAGAUCACAGCAGAGAAAAGAAUUGAAACCAAGAAGAUUAAUGCCAACAGUCUGAAAGAGAGGCUGCGGCAGAAAGAAGCCGGCGUUCCCUCCAGCUGAGAUGAGAAGGGACAAAGCAGCAGAAGAAGAAAUGAAGCGUGGUGGAGAUGUGGAGGAGGAGGAGCGCGCAGGCCUCAUCCCGCCGGCGUUCUGCCACCUGCCUCGUCGACUGGACCGGCGCCUUUGCUCCGUAUAAACUCACGAUAAAACAUUCUACUCCCGCUGUCGUAUUUCUGUGCUACUUACAGCACUGGUCCCCGUCGCCCGCCCGCCCCCACCACCACCACCACCCCUCCUCCGGUCUCUCUGCUAAAAGAAAACUCCUGCACAGAGGAUGCAUGGCUGACAGAGCCAAAGUGAUGAGAGUCUCAGAGGCUAAAGGUUGACCUCAUUCAUCCAGUGAGGCGUGCCCUCUGAGAGCCCGGCCUGUGAAAGGUCUCAGUGGGUCAGUGGAAUUCACAACAGUGCCAGCUGACACGUGAUUCUUUCUGGAUUGGAGAAUCCAGAUUUUUUUUU